AUGGAGGAGGACGCUGAGCGGGAGGACGACAGGGCGGAGCGGACCUGGCAGCUCGUCAACUUGUGUGGAUCGUCUGGGCCAUCUGGUGUCGCCUUCCGGCGAAGCCGGGACCUCGAGGACAAGCAGCAUCCUAGGCUCGUCGCGGAGUGGGGCAGCGUGCUGCGGGGCAGCGUGUGCCCCGGCGCGGAGUGGCUGCGGGCGCGGGGCGGGCUCUACCUGCCGAUGCGGCUGCGCGGGGCCCCGGCGCUCCUGCAGGUGCUCGGGGAGGUCCCCGUCCUCUACCACGCCUACUUCCGCCUGAGGCUGCCCACCGAGUUCCAGGACUUGUGGGGCAGGUUCCGUGACUCGCUCGUGCGCCAAGGCACCGCCCUGCACUUCGGGGUCUCCCUCUCCGCCGACAAGGCCUGGGGGCACUGCCGCGCCGCCUUCGCCACCCGCGAGGCGAUGCGGCAGCACCUGCUGGACGUGGGGGCCACGUGGCGCGCGGCGGCGAGGGGCCCCGCCGCCCUGGACCGCCUCGAGCUGCACGGCCCGCGCCCGGACACCGAGGAGCUGCGCCGCUCGGCGGCGCUGGCCGCCCUGGGCGUCAGCCCCGCGCGCUGCGUCGUGUACCAGGGGUUCUACUCCCUCUGGGGCGGCGGCGCCGCAGAGGGCCCGCCGGGCCCGCUGUGCACGCUGCGCGUGGUGCCGCGGAGCCCGUUCCGAGCCGCGGGCCGGGGCCCGUUCGGGUGGGCCGAUGUGGCGCACCUGUGGGAGGCGUGCCACGCCGCCGGGGCCGCCGCCGCGCCUGGCCUUCUCGAUGCGUCCACUGCCCAGGGGCGGCACAGGAGGGGGGCGAUGACCAUCCACUGGGAUGACCGUGGGGGGUUCUAG